CAAUUACAUAAACAUGAACACAUUUUCGGUUCUGGUAUUUUAAUGGAUGGUCUUUAUCGCUUUAAUCUUGAUAGAAAGUUUUCAGAAUCCUUGUUUAAUGUUGAAAAUAUUAUGGGCGUUAAACGUAGUGCACCUAACAAUGAAAGUUCGGCUUUAUUGUGGCAUCAAAGAUUAGGUCAUAUAUCCAAAGAAAGGUUAAUAAGAUUGGUGAAGAAUGAAAUUUUACCAUCUUUGGAUUUUAGUGACUUAGGAGUAUGUAUAGACUGCAUCAAAGGAAAGCAGACAAAACAUACUGUAAAGAAAGCGGCCACAAGAAGCACUCAGCUUUUAGAAUUAAUUCACACUGAUAUUUGUGGUCCUUUUGAUAUUUCCACGUGGGGUGGAGAAAGGUACUUUAUUACUUUUAUCGAUGAUUACUCACGUUAUGGUUAUACUUAUCUUCUGCAUGAUAAAUCUCAAUCUGUGAACAUACUUGAAGUGUUCAUCAAUGAGGUUGAGAGGCAGUUAGAGAAAAAGGUUAAAGUUGUGAGAUCUGAUAGAGGUGGAGAGUAUUAUGGAAAAUAUAAUGAGACUGGACAGUGUCCAGGUCCAUUUGCGAAAUUCCUCGAAAGUAAGGGUAUUUGUGCACAAUACACAAUGCCCGGUACACCGCAACAAAAUGGUGUAGCAGAAAGGCGGAAUCGUACAUUAAUGAAUAUGGUUAGGAGCAUGAUAAGUAAUAGCUCUUUACCUCUCUCAUUGUGGAUGUAUGCAUUAAAAACAUCAACUUAUCUGCUUAAUCGUGUUCCUAGCAAAGCAAUCCCUAAAACACCUUAUGAACUGUGGACAGGAAGGAAACCGAGUUUAAGGCACCUGCAUGUUUGGGGUUGCCAAGCAGAAAUAAGAAUAUACAAUCCACAUGAAAAGAAGCUUGAUCCUAGGACAAUCAGUGGAUUUUUCAUUGGUUAUCCAGAAAAGUCUAAAGGAUUUAUAUUUUAUUGUCCUAACCAUAGUACGAGAAUUAUGGAGACUGGCAAUGCAAGGUUCAUUGAAAAUGGUCAAAUCAGUGGGAGUGAUGAAUCACGAAAAGUCGAGCUUCUUCUGAGGGUUCACCACGUAAAUUUAGUGAGCCUCGUCGGGUAUUGUGAUGAAGGAGAUCACUUGGCACUCAUCUACGAGUACAUGGCUAAUGGAAACUUGAAAGAGCAUAUGUCAGGAAAACGUGAAAGCUCUGUUUCGAACUGGCCAACCAGACUAAGAAUAGCCUCCGAGGCCGCAUUAGGACUGGAAUACUUGCAUAUCGGAUGCAAGCCACCAAUCAUUCAUAGAGACGUGAAAAGCGCGAAUAUAUUGCUGGAAGAUAACUUCCAGGCCAAACUUGCUGAUUUUGGGCUUUCAAGAUCUUUUCCGGUCGGAAAUGAAUCUCAUGUUUCGACUGAUGUCGUUGGCACUUUAGGAUAUCUUGAUCCUGAAUAUUUCCAAGCGAAUUGGUUAACAGAGAAGAGCGAUGUUUAUAGUUUUGGGGUUGUGUUAUUGGAAAUCAUUACAAACCGGCACGUGAUUAAGCAGGGCCAUGAGCUGCCCUAUAUAGUUGACUGGGUGAGGUUAUUGCUUACAAAAGGAGAUAUCGAGCGCAUCGUGGAUCAAAGCUUGCGUGGAGAUUAUGAAUCUGGUUCUGCAUGGAGAGCUCUUGAACUGGCAAUGUCCUGCGUCAAUCCGUCUUCGGCAGGAAGACCGAACAUGUCUCAGGUCGUCCACGAACUGAAAGAGUCUCUUACGUUGUCUGAAAACAUGGGAAACAGAGGGAGUACCGUCGAACAGAGCAUCAACCUUGACUCGGAAAUGACUCCCACGGCUCGAUAGUUUGUUCCCGGGACAAAUCCCACUUGUGGCGAUUCGUUUGCUCCGCAGAGAUAUCGGGUUUACAGAUGGUGUGAUUGUUUCACGACAUUAGUGGAUCAACUUGUUUGUCAGUGAAUGCGGAACAGAGCGUUACACAUACCAUAUAGUUCGUGAUACAAAUGGGCGGACCCAUUUACCAAAUAAUGGGGUCACAUGCCCCCACUCUCAAAUU